GCAAAAUUACAUAGCUUAAAAUUUAAUCAAUUUUUUUUCUUUUGCGAAAAAAAUACUUUUUAAUGAUUCUCUAAUCUCCGACUUGCGUUCUGGAGGACAAUUGGAGCGAUAUAAAAGCAGAGUCUUUGGCCCAAGUUUCUCAUUCAAGGUUCAACCAUGGGCCUUUUUUACUUCGCACUUUUGUUCCUCGUCACAGCGACCCUGGCCAACGACCAGCAGCAAAAAAAGUCGCCAGAAUUGGAGCAGCUGGAAGAGUUUCAGCGAGAAGUGCUAAAGAAUUUCAAUGAGACCAACCAAAGGAUUGAAGAACUAACCAAGUUAUCCGAUGCUCGCUUUCAAAAGGUCAUGGAAAUCUUAGUCUCCAAAAAAUGUGCAGGUGCUUGGUCGAAUGAAUUGUCGGCGCUUUCCAACGGCAAAAAAUAUUUAUUUUCAUAUUCAGCCCGAUACUCAUGGAAGGAAGCGAACGAAAUUUGCGCAAAUAAGGGCCUGCACUUGGUCACGUUGCAAGACCUGGAUGAGCUGCGACUUUUGCGCACUGAGGCCACCAGACUGCAACCUGGCCAGAGUUGGUGGGUGUCGGCGAAGAAAGACGCCGGUCAAACGGACUUCACGUGGCUCAACGGAACCAAGUUGGGCUUGGACAGCAAUUUGUGGAAGGAAGGCGCCGACACUAAAUACGAAUACGUUUAUUUCUACUCUGGCGACGGCGACUUGGGAAAUUUGGACACCACCCCCAGCGACGAUGUCAAUUACAUCGUUUGCCAACUGCCAACUAAUUGUUACUGAUUUUCAAUUUUAUAUAUUAAUAAAAUUGUUUUAAAAAUCUGAACAUGACGUUUGUAAAUG